AUGGCAGACAAGCAGAUCAAAACUCUGUGCUUGCUAGGAUGCGGGAACUUGGGAGGCGCGAUCCUCGACAGCUUGCUGAAUGCCCCGCAAGAUGAAGCCCUCUUCACCAAAUUUAUCGCCUGUGUGCGCAGUCAACAAUCCGAAGAAAAACUAGCCGGUCGAUUUUCAACACAUCAAGACCGAUUGACAAUCAACCGCGGUGACAAUGUUAAGGCCGUUCACGAAGCCGACGUGACUAUUCUCGGAGUAGAUCCUGCAGACAUCGAAAAGGUGUUAACACAAAACGGAUUACAAGAAGCACUGGGAGACAAGCUUCUGAUCAGCAUCGCAGCUGGAUGGACGCGACAAAAGCUCGAAGAGACAAUCUACGGAAGCCAAACGACUGAAGAAAACAAAUUCGGUCGCGCAUGGGUAGUGCGCACUCUUCCAAAUAUAGCUGCUCAGGUUUCGCAGUCCUUGACUGCGAUUGAGGUCUCCGAGCCCUCUCCACCAGAGCGCUAUCUUCAGAUGACGACGGCAAUUUUUGAGCGUAUUGGACGCGCAGUUCAUAUUGAUCCGAAACUCAUGAAUGCCACCACUGCAGUUGGAGGAUCUACCCCAGCUUUCUUCGCUAUCAUUUGUGAUGCUAUGAUUGAUGCGGCGGUGGCGGUCGGGGUUCCUCGGGACUUGGCACAUACCAUGAUAUUCCAGUCGAUGCAGGGAACAGCUACCAUGCUUCAAAGUGGGAUCCAUCCCUCCAUUCUGAGAGAUCAGGGUACUUCACCUGAAGGAUGUACGAUUGGUGGUGUGAUGGUUCUUGAGGAAGCAGGUGUUAGAGGUCAUGUUGGCCGUGCUCUGCGGGAGGCAGUGACUCUGGCCCGUUUGAUGGAAACAGAGACCCACGUCAACGACACAAGACGUUAA